UCGCGAAGCUCUGGCCUUCGAUCUCGUCCCCAGGUCAUCCAGUGACGACGCUGGGAACUUGCUUCCAACAUGGCGACGGCCGGGUGUUUGCAGCGCGUGUUGGACGAAAGCGAGCUUUCUGCUCUUCCCCAGGCCGUUGUUGAGAAGCUCGAGGGACACUUGAAGAAUUAUGACGUUAGUAUGGAUAGCAUGCAGGCCGACUGUGAGCAGAUCAAGGCUAGUUUGGAGGAGAAAACCCAGCUCCUUGAGACGGAGGUGUCCACAUGUCUGGAUGUGCAGCAGCAGCUACAUGAUCUAGAGGAGAAGCAUGGUGAAGUGGAGAGACAACUCAAAGAAUUCAAAGAGUCUGCUGGUGAAAAUGAAGCCAAACAAAACCAGCUUGAGCGCACCAUCAGGUCUCUGGAGGAGGAGAAACAGGACAUGCACCGGAUGGUGGAGAAAAAGGCAUCAGAAAUUGACAGACUGAAUGAUGAGUGGAAGUCCAUGUCUGAGCAGCUAGCGGAGGCUAACUCCACCAGGCUGGAGGCCAAGGUCAAACUGGACCAGAUUGAGAGCCAGGAGCUCACCAUCAAGUACAAGGAGAAGCGUCUAGAGCAGGAGAAAGAACUGUUAACCAACCAGAACCAGUGGCUGAAUGCUGAACUGGAGAAGAAAACACAGGAACUUUUGAACCUAAGAAAAGAGAAGUCCACAGAGAUCCUGAACCUGAAGACCCAGCUGGACAGUAAGACUGAGGAGGCCAGCCACCUGCUGGGUACUGUGGAGGGGCUGAAGAGCACCACCACUGAGCAGGCCAGCAGGAUCGAGACUCUCAUACAGAAACUCAAGGAUUCACAUGAUGCCCAGUCCAUUGCUGAUGAACAGUUCAGAAAUGAGCUCCACUCCCAGAAGAAGCUGGCCUCACUCUACCAGUGUGCUUCAGAGGAGGCAGAAACCAAGGCUGCUGAACUGACCACAGCUGUACAGGAACUACAGAAGCUCCUUAAACAGGCAACCUCAACACAAGAAGAACUGGAAGAAAAACUUGCCAAGACUGAAGAUGAGCUCAGAAAAAGGGUAACAGAAUCAGAUGAGAAAAUCAGCAGUUUGGAGGAAGAGUUGAAGAAUGCUAAUGACCUACUGAUGGUAGCUAGAAAAAGAGGUGCUGUGUCCAUGUCCGACUCAGAGGUGGGAACCACAUUCCCUGUUGCAGCUGCCACCAGCAGUAUGCUGACUUCUGGGAUGACUCUCACAGAGAUCUACAAUGAGUAUGUGAAGGCCACUGAUCAACUAGAGCUGGAGAAGAUGGAGUCUGCUCGACUGAAGGGGUACUUGGACCAGAUACUGGAGGAGAUAGAACAGAAGGCCCCAGUGCUGCAGAGGCAGCGGGAGGACUACGAGAGGUCACUACAGACCAUCAACAAACUGUCCCAGAAACUGGACACCACUGCACUGGAAUGUGAGCAGUUGAGAGCAGAGGUUGACGACAGCCGACGCCGAACGUCCCACCUCACGCGGGAGAACGAGCGACUGUCGACGCGCUCGGUGGACCUGAGCCAACAGGUGCGCAUCCUUCUGAAGGAGGUGGAGGAGGCGCGGGGCGGGCACGUGGCCUCCGGGGAGCCUGAAGUCUCCUCCUCCGCAGAUGUGGCCACUUCAUCACAGGUCAUCUCACAGAAGUUGGUCACCUUCAGGGGGAUUGAGGAACUGCAGGAGCGCAAUGAGCAGCUGCUGACCCUGAUGCGAGAGAUGAGCGCUGAACACGAGAGGGCGGAGAAGGAAACAACAGACAGCAGAAUCCAGGAGUUGGAGCGGCAGCUGGAGAUGUCCCUACAGGACGUGGAGGCUCUGCGGGAGGCGCGGGACAAACAACAGACCAUGGUGGAGUCUCUGGUCCAACAGAGAGACAUGUACAGGGUCCUCCUGGCACAGCAGACAGCAGCUCCGACGCCCAUGGCACUGACACCUGGUGUGAAACAGGUGACGUCCACCCCGAUGCCAGGUGCAGCCGCGCCCAGGACACCUGGUAUCCAGGGGGCGCUCAUGGAGGAUGAGACAGAGACACAGGCUGCGCUGAAGCAGCUCAAGUCUGAGUACGACACUUACAGGAAGGAGAAGGCAGAGAAUGACAGAAUUCUUCAGGAGCAGUUAGAGAAGCUGAGGACAGAUGUUAGCGACUUCCGCACACAGAAUGUCCGGCUGUCCUCUCAGCUGGAGUUCUCAGGAGAAAGGUUUAAGGUACUGCAGGCUAACAUGGAGAGCUACAAGAAGGAGAUUGCUUCCCUGACAGAGAGAAACCACAAGUACUCCAACGAUGUGGUGAAACAACAGGGCAUUAUCAACACUCUCACACAGGACCAAAUGGCCACUAAGGAGCGGCUGGCGCAGACGGAGGUCCAGAUGAAGAACCUGCUGGUGGAGCGGGACAUGCUGAAGACUGCGGAGGCCCAGCUGUCACGGGAGAAUGAGUCGCUCCGCAGGGAGCAGAAGAGUCAGACCAUCCUCUCCACUAACCUGCAGAUGAUACAGAACAACCUUGAGAGAGCAGACUUUGAGAACAGGACUCGGUACCAGUCCCAGAUAGAGAACCUGGAGAGAGAGCUGAGUGCAGUCAGGAAGAAGCUGGAAGAUGAAUCUGAGCAGCACAAGAAAGUAGUCAAAGGAUGGGAGGCUCGUCUAGAAGACCUGCAGUCCCAGUUGACAAGGUCAGGGGGCGCUCAUAAUUCAACUAGGGAAGAACUGAGGAAGGCCAAUGACUUUGUGCAAGAGCUCCUGGGUAAACAGCAUGUGGACCAGUACAAGAACAUGGCCACAGCCAUGGAGAAGAACCUGUCUGAGCAGAACGAGGCCAGCAAGCGGCUGCAGGAGGGUCUGCAGACCCAGCUUAGGGAGGCCACACAGACACGGGAGGCUCUGGAGAAACAGAUCCAACAACUGGAGAAGGACAAACAGGCUGCUGGCAAGGAGCUAUCAGAAAUAAGGGACUCCCAGGGUAAGCACACCGCUGACCUGCGGAAGUCCCUGUCCAGCCUGCAGACUGAGGUGAGGGAUGCCCUGCAGAAGGCUGCGGAUGCCAACAGGAAGGAGCAGGAGGCACGUAACGACCUGGAACAGCAGGUCAAGCUGGCGUCUGAGGCACAGGACAAAUACGAGCGAGAACUGAUGCUCCAUGCUGCUGAUGUACAAGCACUCUCCACUGUCAAGGAACAGUUAGAGGACCACAAUGACAAGCUGUCAGCAGCUCAGGAGGAGGCCAAGAAGGCUCGAGAAGAACUCCGUCUGGCUAAGGUAUCGUGGGAGGAACAGAAGAGAAUCCAGGAACAGUCCAUGACAACUCUACAGUCCCGCUGUCAGGAGCUGGAGAAGCAGAACAACCUGCUGCAUGAACAAAUAGAGAAGCUGAGUAACCAGAUGUUGAGUCUGCAGUCACGCCCUGCAGCAGACACUGCAGUCACUGCAGCCUCCGUCAGCGGGGAGGGCAAGUCCUCGGAGCAGCUGCUGGAAAUCAUCCACUUCAUCCGGAGAGAGAAAGAUAUCGCUGAGACUAGGUUUGAGGUCACACAGGCGGAGAGUGUUCGGUACCAGCAGAGACUUGAGCAGCUGGAAAGACAGCUGGCAGAGGCACAGCAGGCAUUGGGAGAAGAGCGCAGCAGGACAGAGGCGGCUGCCCAGACAGCCCUGCAGCACCAGGAGCUGAUUAAGAAGGUGGAGACUCUGAACGUGCUGACUGACAGCAACAAGCUGCUGAGGGAGGAGAAGGAGAGGGUAGAAGGGCAGCUACAGGAAGUCACAGCUAAGGUGCAACAGCUCCAGAAGGACAUCGAGCCCCUUCAGGAGUCGAACCGUAAGCUGUCCACCAUGAACGGCUCCCUGCAGGCUGAGAACACCAUGCUGAAGAAGGACGUGGACCGUUGGACGGCUCGAACACACCAGCUGAUCGAACAGUCCAACAAGGCUGACCCUGAGGAGAUCAAGAGACUAACAGAGGAAAGGGACAACCUGCAGAAGCAGCUGAGCAGCAACACAGAACAGAUGCACAAGUUCCGCGCCGAGGCCUCUCGUCUCAACACGCAGCUAGCGGCCGCCAGGAGCGAGACCAGCACUGAAAAAAGGGAGGUGACCCGGUUGAAAACAGAGGUGGGCCAGCUGAAAACAGAGGUGGGCCAGCUGAAAACGGAGGUGGGCCAGCUGAAGGCUCAGUGCAGCUCGCUACAGGGAGAGAUGGCUGGGGAGAAGAGCUUCAGCAGCAAGCAGGCACAGGAGAUUGAAUCUCUGAAGAAAGAAGUACAGACAAAAUCUCAGGAGGUAGAGGAGAAAAUGAAGAGCGUCAAGCAGCUGAAGACGAUCGGUCGGCGCUACAAAUCCCAGUUUGAAGAGAAAAACACUGAGUGUGAAACACUCCGCAAGGAAAUGGAGGGUGUGAAGAAGGAAAAUGAAGAACUUAAGACCAAGGUUGCACAGGCACCAGCACAGGGGGCAGAAGCAGGAACAGCCCAACAAGCUCAGCUAGAGGAGAAGACAAAGGCUCUGGAAGAGAUGCAGCAACAACUCAAGACCUCUGAGGAGCAAGUGGCCAAGCUAAGACAAGAGGCCACUGAUGUAGAAGAGAAGCUGAAAAAGGCAGAGGAGGAGAAGGCUGCCCUCCAGGCAUCCGAGUCAAACCUCAACAAGUCACUUACCGAUGAGAAGGAGAAGGCCAAGAAAGUCCUGUUUGCUGCCAAACAGAAGAUCCAGCAGCUGACGAACCAGAGAGACAGCCGGGAUAAGGAGCUGACAGAGCUGAAGGAGAAGAGUGCAGCAGCAGAGCAGAGUAAGGAAGAGCUGGAGCUGAGACUCUCCUCACUCAAGUCACAGUAUGAGGGUAAGAUCAUGAGGCUGGAACGGGAGCUUUCAGAUGUGCGAGAGCAGAACAGGCAGGAACAGGACAGACAGCAGCAAGAGCAACAGGACCUACAAAAGAGGGUGGAGGAACAGCAAAGGCAGCUGGAGGCACAGCAGAAACAGCUGCAGGCUCAGCAGCAGCACCAGGUGCAGCAGGUGCUGCCAGCCAACGAACCUCCGACAGCCAACAUCCGCCCCAUGGCAACACCCUCCACAUCAACACCAACCAGUAAAGUCCACACUGUUCCUCCAGUCAUGUCAGGAGCAUCUUCCAGCCAUAGCUCCACCCAUGGGUCCAACAGGCAAGCCCCUCGGGCAAGUAUCCGUCCCAUCGCUAAAGCACCAGCCACCGUCACUGUGACCCCCACCCCCUCAGGGAGUAUGACCCCCACUGCCACCGUCAUGCCGACCACUCAGGCCGACACCCAGGAGGUGGUCACUGUGGCACCUGUCUCGGGUGUGGUAACAGUGACCAACACCAUGGCAGUGGUCCAGGCCACGUCCACUCAACAGGCAACGGCUUUCGUCCAGCCCACCCAGCAGCACUCAGUGGUCAGUGGGGUGCAAGCAGAUGUACAAGACACCCAGCCAUCGGCUACUGUGAGCCCCACCCCUGUCGAUCGCACCCCCACCGCCGUUGAUCGCACCCCCACCCCCGUAGAACAGAUAGCCACCCCUCCCCACCCCUACGAGUCUCAGCCCGGCCCCUCCUCUGCCCAAGAGCCAUGCCCUGACGAUGCAGCGCCCACAGGAAAACGGCAGCGGGAAGUGUCCACUCCAGAUGUGCAGGGGGGAGACACUCAUCCUGUUACUAAAAGGGCAAAGACGGAGGCACAAACAGAGGAGUCAACUGAGGUGACAGAAACAGAAGAGGAGCUGGGUGAAGAGGAGAGGGAAGAGGAGCACUACACAGAAGAGCCCUCUACUGGUGCAGCUGAAACUGCAGCUGUUUCCCAGUCAGCUGAUGACAGUGAUGAUGAUGUCAUUGUUGUUGAUGAUGAUGAUGAUGAAGAAGAGGAGGAAGUAGAGGAGGAAGAUGAGGAAGAGGAAUAUGAAGAAGGGGACAGUGUAGAUGAGGAAGAUUAUGAAGAAGAUGUGGAAGAAGGUAGUGAAGGGGAAGAAGAAAUGGAGGAAGAACAAGAAGAAGAAGAGGAGGAAGAGACAUACGAGAUGGGUGAGGAAGGGGAGUCAGGGGAGGAGAUGCAGGGAGAGGAGGAGGCUGAGGAGGAGGAGGAGGAGGACCUGGGAGAGGAGGAGCAGCCUAGUGAUGAGGAUGUGGUGGAGAUAGUAGAUGAUGAUGAUGAUGAUGAUGAGCCAGCCAUGGAGGGUGGGGAUCAGUCAGGGAGUGAUGUUGCCCAGCCCAUGUCUACUGACCAGGACAAUCAACAGUCACAGCAGCAGACACGUGAGGAGGUACACCAGCCCAGACCAGCUGUCCAGAGCAGACCCCGCCAGCCUGUCCCCACACUAACUGUCCAGCCUCCUGCUGCUGACCAGUCCCAGCCACAACCCAUCCACCCUCAGAGAAUCCCCCCUCGACUUGAACCCCGCCUCCUGCCCUCAGGCAGGGCCCAGCUCGCCCCCUUCUCCCUCGGGCCGGGCCAUGGGGGACCAGCCUUUGAAGACGUGGAUGACUGCACGGUACCCAGCACCCCAACCCUGUUUGUACCAAGAAGAACUGAUGGCUUCGCUGAAGCCCUCAAUUCUCCACAGAUCCAGGGUGUGCGCUUCUCCUUCGGUCCUCCAUCUGAGAUUGCAGAGAUGCAGCGAGCCCAGCCUGGACUAGCUCAACUGGCUACACAGGGAGCCCUCGGUAUGGACGACACCCACAUGGACCUGUUGGGUGGAGAGGACGAGGGUUCAGGCCGCAGCGUCCCUACAACCCCAGUACAACUCACUGCACCUGUUACGGUGUUCAGUGAAGGUGGUCCGUCAGUGCUGGAACAUGCAGAAAUGAGCACGGUACAGUCCAUCCCCCGUGUGCCGUCCCCGCGCACAUCCCCGCGUGCCGUGCCCGUCUCGGAGCCGCCCAGCGAGCAGGCCUCCCAGGAUGUACCCCAAAGUACCGGAGACACUCAGACAGGGCUGGAGGACCCCAGCAGCCUGGAAGAAGAGGAGGUGGAAGGGAGGGAGGGAGACGAAGAAACAGAAGAGCCAGAAGAGGAAAGCAAAGAGGCACCUACAUCAGGAGGUGAUGCCUCUGCUUCUGCUGAGGAGCAAGCAGCUGAAUCUGAAGCAGGUGAACAGGUGCAGGCAUCCUCCUCAGGUGCUGGUCCCACCUCUGCAGGUGCCACGGGGAGCACAGAAUCCAGACCUAAACCCAACAUAAAGCCAGUGGUGUGGUCAGACCCACAACCCUCAGCACAGCCUUCACCACAGAGGGGGAGGGGCACCCGCAGGAUCAGAAUUAGAGGAUCAACUGGUCCUCGUCGGGGAUUCCGAGGGUCGAGAGGAGGGGGCCCGCCGCGUCAGCAACCAUUCUAGCAGCUUCCGCCUGUCAAUCACAUUGCAUCCUUGGAUGUGCUGUUGCAAUUAUGUACAAUACUGUACGUGCUUAAAACACCAGACUGUAAACUAGACCUAUAUAAGUAACUAUGGUGAUUAUAAUGUCAUUUACAGACUUAGUUGGAACAUGCAUUAAACAUGCUCUUUAUGACAGAAAUUUGAAGCAUAAAUAUUGUAGUUGUGAGUUAUAUGUGCUGACGCACUGUGGGAUCUGAGUUUGAGAACAGUCAUUUACUAGUCAAAAUAUGUCUUAGACAUGUAUUUCAUGUAUAAAUAUUGUUAUGUCUAUGAGUUGUUAUCUUGUAACCUGAACUCCACGUUUCUGAAAGAAGCAGCUGUAGUGUCAGUGCCUAAUUGUGCAUGUAGAUGCAGCAUUGUGAAAUAGGGCCUGGAGCGUAUUUGAAGAACAAGGCUGUACAUGUAUCAGUCAUAUACCCAUGUUGUUUGAGUUGUAGUUGGAAGUAAAUAGUACGUAACAAGAGAAGAUACACUUACUUUUUACUUUUGGACAUUGUUCCCAUCCCACAUUGUUCCCAUAAAGCUAUGAUUCUAAAAAUAAAUCACUUCUGAUGUUAAAACAUCUUAAGAGACAAUGCAGUAAGAAGAUCGCCUCACCUCACCUAGUCCCAUCCUCAUCUAGAGAGUCAGGGACUACGGUUGCAAGUAAAAAGAUCAAGUACCUUAAAUUGAGACGAUUACCUUCAAUAUUCAUGGAAGUGUAAUAUUGAGUUUUGUGCAACAUGUUAAGGAGAACUGUGCUCUAUCCGUGGGGAAACAAGAUGAUCAAUAUAUAUGAGAAGUUGCUUGUAUUAUGAAAGCUUUUCUUUGCAUUCCAGCUUACUUCUGCUUCUGAUAGUUGAUCUGAUGGAAUAUAUGUGAAUAAAGACCCAGGAAACACUAACGUAAA